GCAGUCGCUUCUCUGCUCACAGUGGUGAUGUUGCGCUCGUUGCGAACCAGACGAUCCGCUCUCGGAGCUCGGUGCCCCCGCUGUGCUCGAAGGCGGGCGAUGCAACCCUGAACCAACACCGCUGCGUGUUUGCAUCUGCCAAGUGAAGGAGGGAAUCGAUGGCUGUUCACACACCUGCCUCUCUGCUGCAUCCUACAUAGUGAUUUUUUUCCCCCAUUUAUACACACCCACACACACAAUUAGGAGCAGGCUCAUGUUGGGUGUUCCUCUGUUGAAUUGCCUAGUGUUGGAUGUUCUUCCUUUGGAGCAGUCUAGCUUUGGAUAUUCCUCAGCUGUGUGGUCUGUUGUUGGGUAUUUCAGGUUCAGAGAAGGGUGGCAGGAGCCAUGUACCUGCUGGACAACGAGCCAUAUCCCGAAAUGCUGAAGAGGGGAACUCCUCAGAGGAAGACUGUCUACCGAAUCUCCCUCACUCUUGUCAAACGGGAGGCUGCCACAGCUGAGGCUGGUAGCAAAUCCUCGCCUUCCCCUACACCUCAGGGGCCUCUGGAGCGACCAGGUUGCCCCAGUGACAGCCACCAUCCUGGAAGCCAGUGCCUGGCAGAAUGUGGUGAAGCCGAGGACGAAUUUGAGCCAGAAGCGAAUCUUCGGAGCUUUCGCACCUUCAGCACUGGCCACCUGGAACUGGGCAGGUUGAAGGUGGCCAGACGAUCCCAUGAUCUGGGCUUCAAGCUCAAGGACAAUCCGACCAAAGACCUGGUCACACUGAGAUGCAGAGAUGGGACUUCAGCUAGGCCAAGCAGUAUGCUUGCAACUGUGGAUGUGGAAUUAAGAAACAAGAAAAAUUGGACCCAUUGCACUGAGAGGUUGGUGACAGGGCCUGAAUCCACGGAAUGUGAUACCAGGCCCAUCAAUAUCACAAACCAGGGAAAGGAUCAACAAGAAGGCAGAGCUUGCACUGAAGGCAAUCGGAGAGGGGAUGCAACCAAAGCCGUUAGUGUAAAGGAGCACUUUGUCCCUUUACAGUCCACUAAUGCAGAUGAGCUUUAUCCAAGGAAAUCACCAAGGACAGGUGGCAGGUUGGCUUUGAAGAAAAUCGAGACAGCCAUCAAGAGAAACUCAAAUGAUUUAUUAAAGAAUCCUUUAGGAGACAAGGAGUUAAUCACGAUGUCCCCUCCUGGUUCAGAGCGUGAUUUUUCUAAACACAUUGUUCCAAAGGGUGAACAUGGUUUAUUGUCAGUAGCUCCAGCAGUUGGUUCAUCUCUGCUACCUGAUUAUUCGAGUGUCUGCGUAGAUGCCAUCAAACAAACACCUCCAAUGUCCAUGGCGACAGACAAGAGGCACCCAUGUUUACUCAGAAGAAGUUUCAGCUUCAGACACUGGAAUGGGGAGCUAGUGAGGUUUAAAACGUUAUCAAAGGAGAAACAUCAUGGCAGUUCCAACUGUCUGUCUGGUGGGGAUGCUGGACGCGAAUUCAGCAAUCAAAAGCUUGAGCCUUAUUGUGGGGAAUCUGUAGCAAAUGAGAAGCGAAACACCUUGGAUGUUGGGGAAGUGCUGAACAAAACUGAUCCACUGUCUGAGCCUGGGCGAUGGGAGCGGGGAAAACGAAAGAACAGGACUUUAGACAACAGUGACAUUCACAAGCUUUCUGAAAACUUAGAGAUGGGGAAGGAUGGCUUUUUAGCGGGUACUGUGAGAUCCAGUUCCCAGGAGCACAAACUCUUCAGGUUUUUUAGUGGUAUUUUCUCAAAGCGUGAUGGUACUUCAACACCUGUUACAAGUCCUUAUGGAAAAUCACACAGGGAUUAUGUUGCCAAAUCCAAAGGAUAUGCUUGCAGCCAGAAGAAAGGUAUCUCACCUCUUGGGCAGUCCAGCAGUGAGAGCAUUGAUGAAAAUACUUAUCAAAAUGAUGCAUUUGUGAACAGCCAAGAGUGGACUCUUAGUCGAUCUGUGCCAGAACUCAAAGUGGGAAUUGUUGGUAAUUUAGCCAGUGGCAAGUCUGCCUUGGUCCAUCGAUAUCUGACAGGAACUUAUGUCCAGGAGGAAUCACCUGAGGGUGGGCGGUUUAAGAAGGAGAUUGUGGUGGACGGCCAGAGUUAUCUACUGCUGAUCAGAGAUGAAGGGGGGCCUCCAGAGGCACAGUUUGCAAUGUGGGUGGAUGCUGUCAUCUUUGUCUUCAGUCUGGAGGAUGAGAACAGCUUCAAUGCAGUUUACUAUUACUACACCAGGAUGGCUAACUAUCGGAGCACCACAGAGAUGCCAAUGGUACUGGUUGGAACGCAAGAUGCCAUCAGCGCCGCGAAUCCACGUGUGAUCGAUGACUCCAGGGCCCGGAAACUCUCCAACGAUCUGAAGCGGUGCACCUACUACGAAACAUGUGCUACCUAUGGCCUGAAUGUGGAGAGGGUGUUUCAAGAUGUUGCCCAAAAGAUAGUGGCCACACGAAAGAAGCAGCAGCUCUCCAUCGGACCAUGCAAGUCGCUGCCCAAUUCCCCAAGCCAUUCGUCAGUGUGCUCUGCACAAGUCUCUGCUGUUCACAUCAGCCAGACAAGCAAUGGUGGAGGAAGUUUGAGUGAUUAUUCUUCUUCUGUCCCUUCCACACCGAGUACAAGUCAAAAGGAGCUGCGAAUUGACAUUCCUCAAACCGCCAACACUCCAACUCCUGUUCGCAAACAGUCUAAACGGCGUUCCAACAUAUUUGCUUCUCGAAAAGGAAGUGAGCUAGACAAGGAGAAGAAAAAUCUUGACACCAGAGCAGACAGUAUUGGGAGUGGCCGAGCAAUCCCAAUUAAGCAGGGUAUGUUACUCAAGAGGAGUGGGAAGUCACUAAACAAAGAGUGGAAGAAGAAAUAUGUAACGCUGUGUGAUAAUGGGAUCUUGACAUAUCAUCCAAGUUUGCAUGAUUACAUGCAGAAUGUCCAUGGAAAGGAGAUUGACCUCCUUCGGACUACAGUUAAGGUUCCUGGAAAGCGGCCCCCUCGUGCAACCUCAGCCUGUGCCCCCCUCUCCAGUCCUAAAACAAAUGGUUUGCCCAAAGACCUGAGCAAUUUGCACAUUACGCAGAACCCAGGUAAUGUGACCCCUACAGGCUCAGCAACACAGAUGGCAUGUGGAAUCAGCCUGGUCUCCUUCAACAGCCGUCCCGAGGGCAUGCACCAACGCUCAUACUCCGUGUCCAGUGCUGACCAGUGGAGUGAAGCCACGGUCAUCGCCAACUCUGGCAUCAGCAGUGAUACUGGCCUGGGAGACUCUGUCUGUUCAAGCCCCAGCAUAUCAAGCACCACCAGUCCCAAAAUAGAGCCUCCACCUUCGCCCCACGCUAACAGGAAGAAGCAUCGCAGGAAGAAAAGCACCAGUAAUUUCAAAGCAGAUGGCAUCUCCGGCACGGCAGAAGCCAAACGUAAAGCAUGGAAACUAAACCGUGUAGGUAGCUUGCGAAACAUAUACAGCAGCAGCAGCACCAGCACCAACACAGAAGAGCAAGAAGAGAAUUUUGAAUUUAUAAUCGUCUCUCUCACGGGCCAGACCUGGCACUUUGAAGCUGCUUCUUAUGAGGAAAGAGAUGCAUGGGUACAGGCAAUUGAAAGUCAGAUUCUGGCCAGUUUGCAAUCCUGUGAGAGCAGCAAGAAUAAGUCACGACUGGCAAGCCAGAAUGAAGCCAUCGCUAUUCAGUCAAUCAGAAACAUUCGUGGCAACUCUCAUUGUGUGGACUGCGAAGCAUUAAAUCCAGACUGGGCCAGUUUGAACCUAGGAGCCCUCAUGUGCAUUGAAUGCUCAGGUAUCCACCGCAACCUUGGCACCCAUCUGUCACGGGUCCGCUCCCUCGAUCUUGACGAUUGGCCCCUGGAGCUCAUCCGAGUAAUGUCAUCCAUUGGGAAUGAAGUAGCUAACGGCAUCUGGGAAGGAAGUGCUCAGGGACGCACCAAACCCUCACCAGAUUCCACAAGGGAAGAGAAGGAACGUUGGAUCCGUGCUAAGUAUGAACAGAAACUGUUCCUGGUUCCGCCACCAUGUUCAGACAUUCCCCUGGGACAACAGCUGCUACAUGCUACAGCCGAGGAGAACUUACGAGCUGUCAUCUUACUUCUGGCCCAUGGCUCCAAAGAUGAAGUAAAUGAGACUUACGGAGAGGGGGAUGGACGCACAUCCCUUCACUUGGCCUGUAGGAAAGGGAACGUUGUCCUCACCCAGCUUUUGAUCUGGUACGGAGUUGACAUAAUGGCACGCGAUGCCCAUGGAAACACUGCGCUGGCCUAUGCCAGACAAGCAAUGAGUCAAGAGUGCAGCGACAUCCUACUGCAGUAUGGGUGCCCUGAGGAGCACUUCAUCCUCGUGGCGACUCCCAACUUGUCCCGCAAGAGCAACAACCGCAACAACAGCAACAACAACGGGAGGAUGGACACCAAACUGCCCACUGUUAUUUGAAGAAGAGUGCAUCAGACUCUUGUGUUUAAAGAGCAGCACUGAACCUCUCCCUUUACAGCCUUGUAUCUGUGAAACCUCAUUCCACUCCUGAUUAAGUUCUCGAAGCAGCAUAACACCACGUAAAGCCAGAGAAACGGGGUAAAGAAGAUGCCCAGUCACAGAGCAGCUCAUUACACAAAUGAGACGAGGUUCUGUGCCGUCAAAAGAGAGAUAAAGAUUUGGAAGGAUCAGGAAGUAUCCGAGUGAAGAAGGACCAGUGGUAAGGGUGAGAGCUCAGUGCUUUUACCACACUGGGCCAAUUUGUGAAUGCAGACAAGGGAAAUUGGAAUGUUCAGGCAUUGACAAUUAGCUGUCAGUACAUUUCACCUCUACCAAACAGGUUGAUUCAGCUCUUCUGUGGAGGGCUCUUGCUAACAUAAAUCAGCUGAGAGCACAGAGUUUGUCAGGUUUGAAGCUCCUAUGAUGGUAUGUGUCAAAUCAGUUGUGGCUAAUCUGUCCGGGGAGAAUACUGGCUUCAUUACACUUGUAUAGUUCAGUUCUUCCAGCAUUACCACUGUUUAAUAGAACAUGAUUAGUCAUAAUAGAGAAAAGCAUAUUAGCUGAGGAGGUAGUUACAUGGCACGGUUCAAUGACUGCUUGGAUGUGAUUGUAAUAUUCUCACAAGAAGCACAGUAUCUCAGUUACGUUCCUUCCAGUCCUUUGAGCCCUCCUUCCUAAAUUCAUUGCCAUAAUUUAGUGUGUAUUUAAUUUUUGGUCCUCAUCCUAUUGAAAAGAAAGAAAUGGGGUCCUUUACUCACCCUCCUCCCCUUUAAAUGACCCCCGUAACACGCGUGUACGCAUGCGCGCGCGCACACACACACACACACUCUCUCACUCUCUCUCUCUCUCUCUCUCUCUCUCUCUCUCUCUCUGCAUAGAUGUACUCUGUUGAGUAAAUGCAGAGACUGCUGGUUUUUGAAUGUCAGGUGCUGUGCUGUAAAGAAUUAAAAGGCUGUAAGCAUUAUUUAGUGCGUCCGAAUGAAGAAAAAAAAGUAAAUUGCUUAGCCUUUGCUUCCUUUCUCAGCCACUAUCAUACUUCCCCUCUGACCUGCAUUACCACUGGCAGCAUCAUCCACAGUGUGUAGGAUGGUUCUCUUGUCCAAGGAGACGUUUCCUGAAAGAAUUUUCUGUCCUGUUUGUAAGUAUGAUAUAAACUCUGAUGCUAUAAUAUUUAAAUGUUGUACAUAAUUUUGUUCAUUCCAUCAGGAUUUUUGACUUUUAUUUUGCAGCAAGGGAAAGGGGGUGAUUUGAAAACCCUGAUGGCAGUUCUUUUCUCUGGAAAGUGGCUGAUCCAGUCCAUGAGUUGUUAGCUGCUUGUCAUUUGUUUUUUGUUGGGAGGGAGUGAAGCUGUGAGGAUCGGGUAGAAAUUGAGUGGUUUGGAUAAUAUUGGCCAUUAAUGCACAGUUUAAACUCCAUUCUACACUCCAGCGUUGAGUCCAAAUAGGAUACAUUUUUCUAGUCCUUCCUUGCAUACUCUGUGUGACAGAUCCCAGGUGAAGGUCUUUCUAAUCAGAAGAAUUCAGUUCCCCCUAAAAGACUCAAACUUCCUUCAAAAUGGUCAUCGACAUCACUACACUACAGAAAUCGAUUUCACAUUCCCCCACCAUUUGAAUAAUGAAUACUUAGGCUUGGCAGUUUUCAGUGACUGCAGUGUGAUUCCACUGGUAAAUCUGAGGGUCAAGUUGCUCUGGCCUUCAAAAUUUUAAUGUACCAAAUCAAGUCUGAGUAUUAUGAAGCACAAUGUUGAUUCAUGCCUAUGGUGCAUGCCCCAAUUACAAAUCUAUUGCUUGGUUAAAAAAGAAGGUGUUGGAGGAGGCACCAUGUUGUAUUUCCUUCCAAUUGAUGAAAAGUUUCACAGAGGUGCGGGCACCAUCAGUACAAUCAGAAAUAUUCUUUUCAUAUAUCAUGUACAUUUUUCCAAUCUCCUCUGUCGUACAUCGGCAAGUAUUGUGGAGACCAUGACAGGUUAGUUUCACUCACAACUGAGUAAAUCACCAUAAAGACUAUUGAUCAUGGAUUUUAGAAAGACGGGAAAGAGGCUAAAGAUCUCUGGCAGAAAUCUACUCACCACUGAGCCACUGAUUUGAAUCCUGGUGUACAUGUGUUGCUCAAACACAGCUUGGCAAGUUGGACUGAAGUGUGCAGUGUUUUAUCUGGCGGCGUAACAUUAAUUAAAAUUUCCUACUAAAAUCCCUGCUGGAUUUCCUCAAACACAAGAACCUUUGUGUCUCCUCUAAUUUCCCUCUGGUCUGACAAACAAACAUGCGCACAAUUCUGUUUGGGAAAAGUCACAGAAUUCACACACCACCCAAAACGUGUUGGCAGAGAUCCUUCACUUUCAGCAGUCAUGUGCAUCUAGUAUCCAGUUUGCCAUUGUGCUAAGGUGAUGCUCUUGUGUUAAAACUGACAGUUUUACUUGCCUUGACAACGACAAAAUAAAACAUACAAGGGAAUUUGCUUUUCAGCAAUUCAUUCAUCUUUUUUUAAAAAAAGUUAUUACUGUAGAAUGUGCAUCAACCAUCAGAUAACACCAUCAGAUUCUAUGUCACAAAUCUAACAAACCAUUAGAUUAUGUGUAAUAAGUAGAAAGCAUUUUCUUCUCCUGAAUCAUUGCUCUAAUACUGCUGCAUAUCAGAGUCAUUACUGUAACGUUUCCCCCAGAUCCCAAGUCCUUGCUCCAAUAUUUCACUAAUCCCAAAUUGUUACUCAGCAAUACCCCUACAAAUCCUGAAUUAUUGUUUUAAUGCUCCUCCAAAUCCCAAACCAUUGCUGUAACAUUCCUCCAAGUCCUGAAUCAUUGUUGCCAUAGAACUCUUAGAUCACUGCUUCAAUAUGUUCAGAUCUUAAAUCAUAAAUCUAACACAACUUCAUAAGACACAGUAUCAAUCCAAUAUCCUUUGGGUCCUCCAUCUCAUAAUGACAACUGCAUAUGGAACUAAAGUGGUGAAAAGAACUUUGGCAAAGAUUCACUGCCAUGUGUAUAUAUACAGUAAAUAUUCCUCAGUGACAAUUGAUAAUCUGGUCAGUUUAAUAAUUUGUUGUCAUCUAAAUGCCCUAUUUGGAUUACUGUUUUGGAAUUAUGAGGUGUAUAUUCUCCACAUUCCUGCUUUGUAAUUCCUGUGUUUCUGGUUUGUUUAGGGAAAACAUCCCUAAAGAGUGCCAAGCCCUAAAUAUAAACGUAUUCCUAAUCGUGCUUUAUAAACUGUGCCAGUCAUUAUUGUACCUGGAAUCAGUUUAUCUGCUGUUACACUAAUCUGGAAUGUAUCUGUAAAGAGCUGUUAGCUGGCAGUCAUAUCUCAGUGUAAAUAGAUAUAAUAUGGACACUAUCAGAAUGAAUGGUUUAAGUUUUAAUAUUACCUCAUUUGGCAAUUCAUGUUUUGCAAUGACUAGAUGCUUUAUUUAUAUGUUUGUAAUAAUAAUGAAAGCUGUGUGACGUUGCCUGCAUUUUGCCAGUGAAGUUUGUUAGCCUGACUUAUGAUUGACCAUAUCAGUAUGUAUUAUGAUUUUGUGGGUCAACUGUACAGUACUCUGUUAAAGACUGUAAAGUAAUGCAAGGAGACAAAAUGCUGUAAUUGUAAAAUGUCUCUUUUCAAUAAAAGAAAACUUCUUAA